AUGGCAGUGAACUUUCUGGCGCGCGAUGUAUCGGACCUCUGCCUUGGGAAGCCGCCGCUGAGGUCACUGUCUGCUGCCGCCACCGUCGCCGACGCCUUGGCCGUGCUGAAAAGCUCCGACGAGAGUUUCAUCAGUGUGUGGCUCUGCUGCGAGCACGAGAAGGAGAAGGAACAGUGCAGAUGUGUAGGAAAAGUGUGCAUGGUUGAUGUUAUCUGCUACCUUUGCAAAGAGGACAAUCUCUUGUCUCCUUCUUCUGCUCUUAACCAACCCCUUUCUGUUAUUCUCCCUAAGGAUUGCUCUCUCGUUGUGCAUCUCGAACCUUCUUCUAGCUUGUUGGAAGCUAUUGAUCUUAUACUCCAAGGUGCACAGAAUCUUGUGGUGCCAAUAUUGCCAACAAAGAGGAUUGGUGUUUCAAGAAGGAAACAGCAUCUGAAGACAUCAUCAACUAUCAACAGCCACAACGGUCGUGAGUACUGCUGGUUGACUCAGGAGGACGUGAUUCGUUUCCUUCUUGGUUCCAUUGGGGUUUUCACUCCACUCCCUGCACUGUCUCUUGAUUCUCUUGGGAUCAUUAGCUCUGAUGUUCUUGCCAUUGACUACUUCUCCCCGGCUUCUUUAGCAGUGGGAGUCAUUUCAAAGUCCCUCACUCAGCAAACUUCUGUUGCCAUUUUGGACAGUGAUGGGACUUUCAUUGGGGAGAUAUCACCCGUCACCCUUGCUUGUUGUGAUGAGACCGUUGCGGCUGCCAUUGCCACCUUGUCUGCAGGGGACUUGAUGGCCUACAUUGAUUGUGGAGGCCCUCCUGAGGAUCUUGUGAGAGUGGUGAAGGCUAGGCUGAAGGAGAAGAAUUUGGAGAAAAUGCUGCAAGAGUUCACAAUUUUGUCAUCUUGUGAGAGUUUACAUUCGGCUUUUUCAUCUUCCUCUGACGAGGAGUCACCAACAAGAACACUGGCUAGGUCUGGGAGGUACUCAAGGUCAUCUAGCUAUUCAGCCAGGAUGGUGAGGAAAGCGGAGGCUAUAGUUUGUCAUCCCAAAAGCUCACUUAUUGCUGUAAUGAUCCAGGCCAUAGCUCAUAGAGUGAACUACUUGUGGGUUAUUGAGGAUGAUUGUAGCUUAGUUGGAAUUGUUACUUUUUCUAACAUGUUGAAGGUCUUCAGAGAACAUUUGGAAACCAUGUAG